UUUAAAAAAUUUCAAAAAAAGAAAUGGCUGAAUCGUGGUCAGUGGACGAGGUGCAGACGUUCCUCUCGUUGGUUGCCGAGGAGCGGAUCCAGCGAGAGCUGGAUGGGGCGACACGGAAUGAAAAAGUGUUCCAAGAAGUAGCACAGCUCUUAGCCGCACACGGCUACCACCGAACCUACAAACAGUGUAGGGACAAAUUAAAAAAACUAAAAAGUGACUACCGAGCCAUAAAGGAUCACAACGGCCGGAGUGGUGCAAACAGAAGAACGUGGAAGUGGUUCGACCAAAUGGACGCUAUCUACGGAAGUCGACCUGCGAGCAAUGGGAGAGAGGGUGCCCUGGACUCGGCCACCUCGUUGUUGGACAACACAAUCGAGGAUGAUGCACUGUCUACGAUUGACUCGUUAGCACUUUCUCCGUGCAGUGAUGCCUUAACGUCCCAACUGGUGAUAGCAGCGUCACCACCAGCAACCUCCAGCAGCACCAGCAGGACACCAGAGCGUGUGGUACCAGGCAAGAGGAAACGGAACCAUGCACCAUCAGGAGCAUCUUGCUGUUUUAAGAGAGAUGCAGGUGGCUGA